GACGUCAUGUCCACUUUAGGCAAACACGGGACUUUAGGAGAGCGUAUCUACGUUGCGGUUAAUAAAACUAAAGGCCAGUGAAAACCAUAGACGUAUAUACAGUUGAAUACGGGCAAAGUAUAUUGAUAAUAUUUGUUUUUGGCCGCUGGAACACAUUUAUAGGAAAUGAAUUUUGAGCAGCCCCCUCCAUACCCGGGCGGUGGCCCAAGUGCUCCAGGCUUUCCGGCACAGGGCUACCCACCGCAGGGCUACCCACCUCAAGGCUACCCCCCGCAGGACUACCCACCUCAAGGUUACCCACCUCAAGGAUACCCCGCAGGACAAAUGGGGCCUGGAGCUCCGUACUCCGGGCCAGGACAGCCUCCUAUGCAGGGGUAUCCUGGACAACCGCAAUUUGGCUGGCAGGGCGGGCCCCCUCCUGGCCCGGUUUAUGGAGAGGCUCCUAAGAACACAGUGUACGUGGUGGAGGACAGGAGGAGGGACGACACCGGAGACACAUGCCUGACCGCCUGCUGGACAGCCCUGUGUUGCUGUUGUCUUUGGGAUAUGCUGACAUAAUGCCGUUUCCCGCCAUUUCACUCUCAUUACCCUCCACCUCUGAGCCUUGAACCCUCCCCCUCCCCCCGCCUUAAACAUCCCAUCCUCUGAAAGUCUUGUUUGUGUUCAUAAAUAAAAGCCUUGUCCAAGAGUCUCCUAACGUGACAAACGCUGACUGACCUGUCCAGGUGCUGUACUGUAGCAGCUUUUAUUUAACGAAUCAGCACCAAAGCUCAUCAGGUGCCUCGGUACACGCGCACGGAAAUAGAUAUUUACACAGCAAAAUGCAUAACUAACACUGUACGUCAAUCUCAGGCUCGCCUAUUGCGACUCUCUUUGGCACUUUACAAUGAUUACAUCUGUAAAAUAAAAGCUUUGACUUCUUUAAAUCAUCUACAGCUCUGUUUAAACGCUCCUCGGCUGUGCUAUCUACAAAGUCCAAGGUGUAAUUCUUCUUACAUGGCUCGGUCUGGACGUCCAGCCGCGCUUCGCCUGUUAAUGAGCCGUGAGGUGAUUUCCAGAAGCUGACGCUUGGAAUGUGACCCCCCCGCUCAUGCCUUUUUUGUUUGUUUGUUUUUAGCUGUUUUGUAUGGAGUCAUAUGGACGUACAUGGAAUGCAUUUUUAAAAUUGACUGAGAUUUGUGUUUGAUGUAAAUUCUGCAAUGUUUUUGUUCUCAAAUACAAAGAAUCAUCCCUGUUUUUGUUUUUGAAAUGACAUGCCUUGGAAAUAAUAAUAAUAAUAAAGGAGUAAUGAUUACAUAAAGAAACCACAUUGGAAUGUUUUUUUGUUGUUUUUGCUUUUGUUGGGAGUCCUAUAUUAAAAUAAGUUACUGCAUCAAUGGAA